UGGGGGGCUUGGGUCGAGAGGCGUGAGUCGUCGUGGCUGCCUGUAGGUCGCUGGAACGAGAAGGGGUCAGCAACCAGCCGAAAGUCAAUUAGGACAAGGCAGACGAAAUAAUUGGUCACCUUUCGGGGAUGAACGUGAAGCUGUCGAGUAAGCAUGGAUAGGACGGCGGCGAGGCAAAGGGGGAACAAGGGACGAGGGGAGAGGGGGAGAACAGCACGGAAACUGGGAAGAGGGGGCCGGGCCAAGGUGAGCGGUUCAGGGUCAUUUCCAGGCACGGCGGGAAUAAUGACCUCAGCGUCUUCAGCCCCUCGGCCGUCCGAAAACAAAGCUUCACUUUCCAUCAACACAUUUGCCCUCUAUCUCUGCUGGACUUUCCAUCAGAGCCUCGACCGUCCCAGAACCGCGAACACUCCACGAUGCAGCUGUCAAUCCCCCAGGUCUUCUCCAGAUUUCCAGUCUCCUCCCCCCCUCCCCCGCGCUGUCUGGCCGAUCCGAUGGUCCACAGUGGGUGUGAAGCACUGGCAGGGAAAGCACACACCAUCAGACGAGGUGGAUUCGCGCCAUCCAACGAUGUGCCUCAGGCUUAGGACCCAGCGGCACUGCCUACUGCAAUCGUUCAAUGUCGCCCAUGCAGGCUCCACUUUCAAUCCGACCCGAGGAUCAAAACAAGUCGCAUUCAACACAUUCCUCGCAUUUUUAGCUCAAUGCGUGGCCCGUUUCAGAAGGAUUGGCGAGAGUCUGGAGGCGACUGAAUAGCGAGUCUGGCGAGUAGAUGGCCCGGGUGGAUGAUAUAAAGGCCGCAGCAACGUCCGCAGAUUCAGCUAGCAUGACUAUCUUCCGCGUUCUUCUCUUGCCCUUCAGAUUAUAUCCCUCGCUAUCUCAGAGCCCUCCGUGACAUAAACCGUGCCUUCAACAUGAUUUCGAAGAUAGAUCCCGCUGUUGAGUCCAACUCUAACGUCCCUGUGGCCCAGUACCUUCCUCAGAUCUAUAAGGAGUCUCUUGAUGAGAAGGUCAUCAUCGUUGUUGGUAGGUAGCUGAAGUUUCCAUAUCUACAC